UCAUCCUCAGCUACUUCACCACACGGGAAACGAACUAUAGCUAGCACCACACCAACCAGCCACUUGUCAAUUAAGCAGCCACUUGAGUCUUGACCAUGGGGCCCAAGCAGCUCCCCGCCGUCCUCCUCGCCUCCUGCGCCACCCUCCUGGCCCUUGCCACGCCAUUGCUUGCCGGCGACCCCGACACGCUCCAGGACUUCUGCGUCGCCGACUACAAAUCCCUCAAAGGCCCAUUGCGGUUGAACGGGUUCCCGUGCAAGAGGCCGGAGAACGUGACGGCGGGCGAGUUCUUCUCGGCCGCGCUGGCAUUCCCGGGCAACACCUGCAACCCGGUCGGCUCCGCGGUGACGGCGGCGAACGUGGAGAAGCUCCCGGGGCUCAACACGCUGGGCGUCUCCAUGUCCCGCGUGGACUACGCUCCGUGGGGAGUGAACCCGCCGCACACCCACCCACGUGCCACCGAGAUCAUCUACGUGCUAGAGGGCUCCCUCGACGUCGGCUUCGUCACCACCGCCGGCAAACUCUUCGCCCGCACCGUCUGCAAGGGUGAGCUUUUCGUCUUCCCCCGCGGCCUCGUCCACUACCAGAAGAACAACGGCGGCGCGCCGGCCGCCGCAAUCUCGGCCUUCAACAGUCAGCUUCCCGGCACGCAGUCCCUCGGCCUAGCGUUGUUCGCAGCCUCACCGCCGGUGCCCACCGACGUGCUGGCCAGGGCGCUCCAGGUCGACGGCGGCCUGGUGGAGGCCAUCAGGUCCAAAUUCCUGCCAAAGUAACCAGCAUGCAUGCAUGCAUGCAUGUUGGUUGGGUCAGCUGUACGUGCAUACGUGCUGCUAAUAAUAAAGGACCACGUAAAAGUGCAGUUUUAAUUCAUUCGCUUGAUAAUAUGUUUUGUAGUACUAUAUUCUGAUUCUUUUGUGUCAGUUCAGUGAAGGGCCUCGUCGGUGAUUGAUUUGUACGUGUCCAUUAUUGGUGAAUGAAUCUACCUGAUUGCUUGAA